UCAAAUCUGAUUGGAUCUUAUUUGACCCGGCCUUGAAAUAUGUACCAUUUUGUGUCCCUCUGUACAGUGCAUGGAAGCUUGAUUUGGGUAUUUCUGUAGGGUUUUCAGUCAUGGAUCAGGAGAUUCAUGGGUGCCCUGCAACUUUGGGUUCUAGAUAGUCUUUAAGAUGGGGUCAUUUUUGCGAUCACUCGCCAUGAAAGCCACUGUGAGUUCUUCAGCUUAUAACGAAAGUGAUGGUGAUCCAGCUCAGUUGUACCUGAAUAUUUAUGAUCUCACCCCCGUGAAUGACUAUUUGUACUGGUUUGGUUUGGGCAUCUAUCAUUCAGGGAUUGAAAUUCAUGGUUUAGAGUAUGGGUUUGGAGCCCAUGACUUCCCGACCAGUGGAGUGUUUGAGGUAGAACCUCGAAAUUGCCCUGGUUUUGUAUACAGGUGCUCCAUAUUGUUAGGUAGUAUAGACAUGACCCCCACUGAUUUGAGAGAAUUUAUGGAAAAUAUGGCCCGAAAAUAUCAUGGAGACACCUACCAUCUCAUUUCCAAGAAUUGCAACCAUUUCACAGAUGAUGUUUGCUUGAGAUUAGCAGGGAAGCCUAUACCCGGGUGGGUGAAUCGCCUUGCUAGAUUAGGUUCAUUGUGCAGCUGUUUAUUGCCUGAAAGCCUCCAAACAUCUACUGUGAGACACAUGCCAGAGUACCAUGGUUGUUCAGAUGAUGGAUCCGAGUCACAGUCCACCUCAGCUAUGCACGAUCAAGUGGAAAUCGAUGAGAGAGACCAAGACAAGCAUCUCCUGCCAAUUUCAAAUGGUGAGGUGUGCUUUAUCAAAUGAUGAUUGCAUUGCGUGUGUAUUUUGAAUGGUUAGACAUAAAUUUUUAAGGUGAGAGAAAGAGGCUUGAUUUGCGAGAGAGAGGUCUUAUUCAAUUGUAGUUAAACUAUCAGAUUAUUGCUUGGUUCAAUGUUCAUUGUUGUUGUUGUCUUUGUAACAUUUGAUUUGUUUGAUCUUGAAUGACAUUUCAUUUACAAU